UCUCCCUCAUUAGGCAUCAGAUCGAACUGGUUUCUCUUGAGCACUUCCAAUGUCUAUCUUGGCUCAACAUAAAUACCCUUUAAGCUCCCGGCACCAUGUUCGCACGUGCCACUCUCCGUUCCUCCCCACACGUGUGUAUUGCGCAGCCACCACCACCACCACUGCUACUACCAAUACCACUACCACGGAGCCUCGAUCCGGCCCUGAUCGUUUAGUCAUCGAACGCCCCAUUCUUAACGACUCAACAUUGGCAUCAACAUGGUCUCAUCGUGCAUGGGUAGCAAGUGGGUGCACCACGGUGCUCAUCUCUCUAGCAAAGGCAACAACAGGUGCAGCCGAAUCACACAUGUGGCUCGAGCCCAUUUUAGCAGGCGUGGUUGGCUACAUUUUAGCCGACCUUGGGUCUGGAGUCUACCAUUGGGGCAUUGACAACUAUGGCAAUGCCUCAACUCCACUCUUUGGCUCCCAAAUAGAGGCUUUCCAAGGUCACCAUAAGUGGCCAUGGACAAUCACCAGGCGCCAAUUUGCAAACAACUUGCACGCCCUUGCUCGCGCCGUUACCUUCACAGUGCUCCCAUUAGACCUUGUUUUCAAUGACCCUGUUUUUCAUGGGUUCGUUGCUGUGUGCUCCGGUUGCAUUAUGUUCAGCCAGCAAUUUCAUGCUUGGGCUCAUACAACAAAAAGCCGGCUUCCGCCGCUCGUGGCGGCUCUGCAAGAUGCCGGACUUCUUGUGUCGCGUUCACAGCAUGCUGCUCACCAUCGUCCACCUUAUGACAAUAACUACUGCAUUGUGAGUGGUGUGUGGAAUGAGCAUUUGGAUAAGCAAAAGGCUUUUGAGGCAUUGGAGAUGGUGUUGUUCUUUAAGCUAGGAGUGCGACCCCGGUCUUGGAGUGACCCCAACUCCGACUGGAUCGAAGAGACUCAGACCCCUUCUCAAAUUACAGCCCACUGACUUUUCUUUUCUCUUCUUCUUUUACAUGGUCUAGUUUUCUUACGAGAAUUUAUGAUUCAUGGUUUGUGAAUUCAUGUAAUUGCAAAUUUGCAAUGCAAGAUACUCGUUUA